AAUUGUGAGCCAAAUCUAUCCAAGCGAACGAACUCUAUUCCUCCUAUUUAAAGAUUACGAAAAAAAAUUUAAUCUGUUUCUGAAAACUGUGUAAGUGAUAUUUUAAGCUAUGGGGUUACACCGCAACAGCUCAGCGCUGAAAGGAAAGUUUAAUCUUAAUUUCCGUUGGAGCUACAUCAGUCCCCGCGAACGAACUACAUUCCUCCUGUUUUAAAGAUCGCCAAUACAGAAAUGGAUGCAAAGAGGAACAUCCGCACGGAUUCUAGUGAAACGAUCAUCAGAAUUUCCGUGGCAAUUUCAGUGACUUCUUUGACUCUUGUGACAUUGUUGUUUAUGAGGAUCGAGUUUGUGUACAACAAUUCGAAAGCGCUGGAAACAAGGCUUGAAAACCGAAUUCAGCGGAUUGACGAUGACCUGAAAAUAAACAUAGAGAGAAUAGUGAAGAAGAGGUUACAAAUUUUUGAAACUGCAUCCACAGCAAGGAGAAAGGAAAGGCCUGAUGUUAUCUUAGGUUUUGAAAGCAAAGUAGGAAGCGUGUCAUCAAUUAUCCUUGAUCAUAAAAGACAGAGAAGAAAUGUUCCCGCAGGAACAAUAACUCUGCGGCAAGUCCGCCAGGAAAUUAACAUUAAGUUCAAUCAGUCCUGCAAUGUAAACAACAAGAUUUGUCAGACAGGACCUCCAGGUCCUCCAGGUGCCCACGGGUAUCCAGGGUACAAAGGAGAAAAAGGAGCCAUAGGGAAAACCGGGUCAAGAGGCCGUCCGGGACCAAUCGGGGCCCCAGGCACGAGUGGCAAAAGAGGACCGUUGGGACCUCAGGGAGUAAAGGGUGACAAGGGCGACAAAGGGUCCGUUGGGGCACCCGGGAUAAGAGGAGAGACUGGAACGAAGGGUCGUCAAGGACAAAAAGGAUCUAUUGGCUUAAAAGGAAGCAAAGGCAGCAGAGGAUUGGUUGGUAUUCAGGGACCAAAGGGAGAAUGUGUUGUUCCACUGAAGAUCAGUGUGUAUCCAGUAUCUCAGGAAGUCUUUGUGGACGAGCCUGUAAUAUUUUACUGUUGGGUUCAAGGCCAUCUGUCGUCCAAGAUAACGUGGCGUAAACUUGGAGGUACUCUAUCUAAUGCUACUGUGGAAGAUGGUGCGCUUCGAAUAAGCAGCGUACAAAGGUCACAUGCUGGGUCGUACAUGUGUACAGCUCACACUGGUUUGGGAAUGUUCCGAAUAAUAAGCAGAUUGCACGUAAAAGAGCCGCCUAAAUUUACCAACAGGCCCCCUACAGUUGUCAAUACAUUGCGAGGAACUAAUGUAACCCUCUGCUGCGAGGCCUCAGGCUCUCCUCGUCCAAACGUAGAAUGGUUCCAGGCCCAAAAGUCUUCUGUCUCAUUUCCUGUUUUUCAGGAAAAUGGAUGUCUUCACAUUAAGAUGGUUAAAGAAGACGUAGAUUUCAUCUGCCGGGCUAAAAACAGCUUCGGAUUGGCAGAGACAACAACAACAGUGAUUGCAGAAGUAUUAGGAGGUUUGGAGCAAUCAGUAAUACUGGCAAGCAAUAAUCAUCACCUGCGCACUUUGAGAGUUUGGUUAGGACCUGUUCUGCAAAGCCAGUCCUCUUACUGGAAGCGCUGCUGGCGAGCAUCAGUGCAUGGUUGGGCCAGCACUACCUUCCAUUCAAAAUGUGACAACAAAGGGCCGACAGUGACCAUUAUUCGUGUUGGAAAAUACAUCUUUGGUGGAUACACCAGCACAUCAUGGCUUUCCAACUGUGAAUACCAGUACAGUUCAAAGGCCUUUUUGUUCUCAUUGGUUAACAAGCCUGGCUGGGCACCAAAGAAACUGUCUCAAACAGGAAAGCAUCGUCAUGGUGGCCAUUCCAUAAACGGUUGUUCAAGCUAUGGACCCACAUUUGGUGGAGGACACGAUGUCAGCGUUAAGAACCACGCCUCUUCCAACACAAAUUCUUACUCAAACCUUGGAUACACCUACAGUCCACCAUCUGGCCACAGUUAUUUACAAUCCUUCACCAAAUCAUUCUUAGCUGGAAGUUACAACUUUCAACCUGACGAAGUUGAAGAGGGUAGUUUCAUCUUAACUAACGUUUUUAAGCUACAUCAGUCCCCGCCAGCGAACUGUAUUCCUCCUGUUUCAAAGAUCGCCGAUACAGAAAUGGAUGCAAAGAGGAACGUCCGCACGAAAUCUACUGAAAAGAUCUGCAGAAUUUCCGUGGCUAUUUCAGUGACUUCUUUGACUCUUGUGACAUUUUUGUUUAUGAGGAUCGAGUUUGUGUACAACAAUUCGAAAGCGCUGGAAAUAAGGCUUGAAAACCGAAUUCAGCGGAUUGACGAUGACCUGAAAACUAACAUAGAGAGAAUAGUGAAGAAGAGGUUACAAAUUUAUGAAACUGCAUCCACAACAAGGAGAAAGGAAAGGCCUGAUGUUAUCUUUGGUUUUGAAAGCAAAGUUGGAAGUGUGUCAUCUGCUGUCCGUGAUCAUCAAAGAGAGAGAAGAAAUGUUGCUGCAGGAACAAUAACUCUGCAGCAAGUCCGCCAGGAAAUUAACAACAAGUUCAAUAAAUCCUGCAACAACAAGAUUUGUCAGACAGGACCUCCAGGUCCUCCAGGUGCCCACGGGUAUCCAGGGUACAAAGGAGAAAAAGGAGCCACAGGGAAAACCGGCUCAAGAGGCCCUCCAGGUCCAAUCGGGGCUCCAGGCGCGAGUGGCAAAAGAGGACCCGAGGGACCUCAGGGAGUAAAAGGCGACAAGGGCGACAAAGGGUCCGUUGGAGCACCCGGGAUUAGAGGAGAGACUGGAACAAAGGGUCGUCAAGGACAACAAGGAUCUAUUGGCUUAAAAGGAAGCAAAGGCAGCAGAGGAUUGGUUGGUAUUCAAGGACCAAAGGGAGAAUGUGUUGUUCCACUGAAGAUCAGUGUGUAUCCAGUAUCUCAGGAAGUCUUUGUGGACGAGCCUGUAAUAUUUUACUGUUGGAUUCAAGGCCAUCUGUCGUCCAAGAUAACGUGGCGUAAACUUGGAGGUACUCUAUCUAAUGCUACUGUGGAAGAUGGUGCGCUUCGAAUAAGCAGCGUACAAAGGUCACAUGCUGGGUCGUACAUGUGUACAGCUCACACUGGUUUGGGAAUGUUCCGAAUAAUAAGCAGAUUGCACAUAAAAGAACCACCUAAAUUUACCAACAGGCCCCCAACAUUCGUCGGUGCAUUUCCAAGAUCAAAUGUAACCCUGUGCUGCGAAGCCUCAGGCUCUCCUCGUCCAAACGUUGAAUGGUACCAUGGCCAAAAGUCUUCUGACUCAUUUCCUCUUUUUCAGAAAGAUGGAUGUCUUCUAAUUAAAAUGGUUGAAGAAAACGUAUAUUUUAUUUGCCGGGCUAAAAACAGCUUCGGAUUGGUAGAGACAACAACCUUGGUGAUUGCAGAAAAAUUGGGGGGUUUGGAGCGAUCAGAAAUACUGACAUAUAAUGUUCAUUACCUGCGCACAUUGAGAAUUUGGUUAAACCCUGUUAAGCAGAGCCAGUCCUCUUACUGGGAGCGCUGCUGGCUUGCAUCAGUGGAUGGUUGGAGCAGCACUACCUUCCAUUCAAAGUGUGACAACAAAGGGCCCACAGUGACCAUUAUUCGUGUGGGAAAAUACAUCUUUGGUGGAUACACCAGCACAUCAUGGGUUUCCAAUUGUGGAUACCAGUACAGCUCAAAGGCCUUUUUGUUCUCAUUGGUUAACAAGCCAGGCUGGGCACCAGUGAAACUGCCUCAAACAGGACGAUAUAGUUCUAAUGGCAAAUCCAUAUACGGUUGUUCUAUCUAUGGACCCGAAUUUGGUGGAGGACGCGAUCUCAGCAUUAAGAACUACGCCUCAUCCAACACAAAUUCCUACUCAAACCUUGGAUACACCUACAGUCCACCAUCUGGCCACAGUUAUGGCAGCUCCUUCACCAAAUCAUUCCUGGCAGGAAGUUACAAAUUUCAACCCGAUGAAGUUGAAGUGUUUUAUGAAAGUACUUGA